UCCAUACAACAGUAUCUUUUGUAUGUUUCAUCAUGAGUAUAAAGAAACUUCCAGAAACUGUUAAAUCUUUAUUAUCAUCUUCGGCAUCUAUCAGCACCUAUAGAAGAGCCAUUGAAGAAUUGGUAUAUAAUUCCUUAGAUGCUAGUUCUACUUCUAUUGCCAUAAGGGUCCACAUUGAAGAAAAUAAAAUACAGGUCAUUGACAAUGGCCAAGGAAUUACAGAAUGUGAUUUUCACUUACUCGGACAAAGACAUACUACAAGUAAAUGUGUUGACUUGAAUACUUUGAAAUCAGCUGCCAAUACCUAUGGAUACAGAGGUCAAUCUUUGGCUAACAUUAUCAAUAUCUCUCAAAAUGUUCAGAUAACAUCUAGAUCUGAUGGCCAGGAGGUAACAUGGCUGAAGAUAUUUCAUGAAGGUAAAACAAAAGAAUUAAUAGAAACUACAAUGAGACCAUCAAAAGGAACUACAGUUGAGAUAAAAGGAUUUUUAUACAAUCUUCAUAUACAAAGGAAAGCUGUUCAGACUUUGAUUGAAUUGAAUGAAAUAAAGACAUUCAUACAACAAUUUUCAUUAAUACAUUGUGAUGUAUCAUUAAGUUUAAGAGAUGAUGCUAAAAAUGAAAUAAUAUUUAAAGCUCAGAAAAACAGGGAUGUGUGUCAAACAAUAAAAUUAUUGUUUAGUAUUGAUCCUCAUGAUAUACAGCAAUUUAGUGUUGAAAAAAAUGAAUAUAAAGUGAAAGCAUAUAUUGUGAAGAAAUAUAAAGAUACUGGACAAAUCCAUUGGAUUUAUUUGAAUGGAAAGUUUCUUUCUAAUUGUAUAUUACACAAGAUAAUAAAUGAGAAAAUGAAAAAAUCUUGGAUAAAACCACAGAUGUCUAAGACAAAGGGUAAUAUGGAAAAUGAAGAAAUUGAUUGCAUGAAUAAAAUUCCAUUUUAUCUAAUAUUGUUAUCAUGUCCAUAUUAUGACUAUGAUAUUAGCCAUACACCAAAACAAACAAUAUUAGAAUUUAAAAGUUGGAAUGAAAUUACAAAAUUACUAAAUAAAUUGAUAAAAUUUUACAUUGGUGAUGAUAAUUUGAUGAAACGAUUAGAACCAAAAAAGAAGCUUCCCGAAGAAAAAGUUGAUGAUACUAGAGAGCAAGUAAGAAAAAUUGUACAAAGACUGUUAAAAAAGAAUAUUAAAAAUGUUGGAGUCUCCCAAAUGCAGAAUAGUGUGAAAGGUAAAUCAAUGAAACGAAAGAUUAAGAAAAAACAACCAAAUAUAAGCUUCUCAAAAGUUAUACCACCUAAAAUAAUUUCUGUAGUAACAACAGACAAGAAAUCAGAUAGUAUCAUACAAAGAAAAUCUAAUGAAAUUCAUGAUAAUAAAAAAGAGGGAGUAAAGAAUGUAGUAAAAUUAAAAAAUUUAAACAUAACUAAAAAGAAACAUAAAAAAAGAACAAAACUGAUAUUAAAAAAUGAAUACAAGAAAAAAAUAUCAGAUGAAAUUUGUAAUAACUAUAAAUUUAUGAGUAAAUCUCCAACAAUGAAGGAACAUAAUUCUGAUCUAUUUUCAUCAAAUAUAAAUUCAACUAAAUCUAGGAAGGAACCAAGAAAUGAAAAUUUGAAUGAAAGAAAUGGAAUUAACAAAAUAAAUCUAGAUAAAGAUAUUAGCAUCGUAGAUGCAUUAAAUAGCUUUAAUGUGUCUACGAUGUUAGACAUUACUAUGCAACAGUCAGCAGAAAAUUUAGAAGUAAAUGAAACAGCAAAGAAUAAAAAUAAGCAAUGUAGUUAUAUAAUAGAUAAUCAAAAUACAUCAUUGUGGAAAAAAAUUGAUGAAAUUACUAUUCACAACUUCCUACCACAUCCACUGAAGUCUACUCAACUUUCUCAUAAUGUGCAAACCAUAAAGAAAGGCAAUGAAAAUAAAGAAUGCUAUAUAUCUUCACAUAACAUUUUGAAGACCAUUUUAAGUGCUCAACAGUGCAAUGUAUCUACCAUAUCCAAAGGUAGUAACCCCUCUAUUUCUAGAAUAACUUAUCAGCCUUGUAACUUUAACUUGAAAAGUAUAAAUCCAAGUAUUACAUCCAAUGGUAUAUUUAUAUCUAAAUUGACAUAUGAAAGCCACAACUACAAUAGAAAUGACAAUCCACAAAAUAUGUGUACCUCGAAAAAUAAAAAAUCCAAAUGCCAAUUUAUUACAAUGCAAUCUAGGAACAAUUUUCUCAAUCGCGAAGAAACAUAUACUUCGAUGUCUAAAAAUAAAAAACCUCGAAUAGUGUGUAAACAAUCCAAGAUAAAAGGAAACAAAAUUAAUAAAGCAAACAAACGAUAUGAAGUAUGGAAAGGUAUAAAUAGUAAAAGUUACACCCAUGAGUCAAAAUACACAAUCGAGUUUUCCAAAAACGCCAAAAAUCUAUUAUGUGACCAAAUUGACUCUAAAAUUAAUGCUAGCAAAACACCUUUAAUUGUUAGUAAUGUAAGAAAAAAUGAAACCAUAGACAUGUUCAGUGAUAAAGAGAAUUGUAUAAGUGAAUCAAUUAAGGCAGAUAUAGGUAACACUUAUCCUAUAUUAUCAAUUUGUAGUACAACAGAGUAUCCAUUAGUAUAUUUUAAAAAUAGUUCCCUAUCAAAUAAUGCAAAUUAUGAUAAUAAAACUAUUCAUAAUACUGAAAUCAAUAAAUAUUAUAAUAAGUAUGGCAAUAAUCUUAAUUAUAACGAAACACUAAAUUCUGAAAUUUCCCAAAAUAAUGUGACUUUUUCAAGAAAUAUUGAAUCUAUCACAUCUGUGGACAAUAUAGAACCUAUUGAUGUUGUUGAAACUGCCAUAAAUAAUAAAAGCGAUGAUAUUUUAGGAACGGAAUUUGAACUAAGUUCUCAAUGUAAUGAAUCAAACAAUACAUUUUGUAACAGUUUAGCACAAAAAGCCGCUAUUAGUAAUUUAUAUGAAAUAAAACAUUCUAUUGUAGCAGAAUCUUCACAUUGCUAUAUAUCACUUCCCGUUGGUGAUAAUAUUAGCAAAAAUACAUAUAAUCCAAUUAUUAACAAUAAUUCAAAUGAAGACCCGGUGUGUAUAAAUAUAAAUGAUAAAUGUAAUGACGAGCCUUCUAUCAUGUGUGAACAAUUUAAUAUGAAUAUGAAUACUAACGGAGCACCACCAGUUGUUAGUAAAUUAAGAAAUAUCGAAACGAUGGGUAAUGUCAAUAAUAAAUGUAAUUAUGUAUGUAAAUCAGAUGAUGAAGAUAUGGAUAACACUCACCUUAUAUUAUCCAAUCAUAUUAAGACAGGGAGUCAUAGAAUAUUUAAUGAAAAUUUUGCGCUAUAUACUCACACCAAUAAUCGCAAUGAAACAAUUUGUGACGGUAAUAAAAACAAAAAUCAUAAAACCUAUUCCAAUGAAGUUAACAAUAACAAAUCUGCAAAUUGUGAAAUUAUCCAAAAUGUAAUUGUUCCAAUCGAUAUUGAGUCUAAUAUAUCUUUAGAAAAUAUACAACCCAUAGAUGUUUGCGAAUCAAUUAUUAAAAACAAAAUUGAUGAUAUUUUGAGAAAAGAAUUUGAAUUAAGUUUUAAAUGUAAUAAUCAAAACAAGACUUUUCAUAGCAUUUUACCAAAAAACGCUAGCAUGACUGAUUUAUAUGAAAUAGAACAUACUAUUAUGGAUGAAACUUCACGCCACUUCAAAUCAUUUCCCAACAAUGAAGAUAAUAGUACUAAAAAAUCAUAUAACCCAAUCAUACUCAACAAGUCAAAUGAAGUGCAAACAAAUUGUGAAAAUAUACACGAAGAAUAUGGUAGCAGCAUGCAUGGAAAUAUUGAUAAUGUCAUACACACUGAUCUUAAAAACUUUAACAUGCAAACUAGAUUUAACUUUAUACCUAAAGGUCUAUCGCCUAUCUUUCAAAACUGUUAUACAAACAAUGCUUGUGAAUGCAGUUUUGAAAAGGAUUACUUUGAGAAUAAUGUAUACCAUAACUUCAUGAAUAAUGUGAAUAUUGGUUCAGAAAUAUUCAAACCAAUAUUACACAAUACUUCUAAUAUGAAUACUAAGUGCAUUGAAAGAGUUAAAACAAAGCUUCAGAAAGAAAAUGCUUCUAUAACUUUUGAUGCAACUGCUUUGAAAUGUGCUAAGGUAUUGGGUCAAGUGGACAAUAAAUUCAUUGCAGCUAUUGUAAAACCAAAAUCUGAAUUAACUAACUGUCUAGUUUUAUUUGACCAGCAUGCCGUACAUGAACGGAUACGACUGGAGACAAACUUGUCAGAUUAUUUUAAUGGAUAUUCAUGGAAAAGUGUAAAUCUGGAUGAACUGUCGAUCAAAUUACCUGAAGACGACCUGCUUUAUUUACAUAAUUAUAAAGACAAAUUUACUUGUUUCGGUUUGGCGUAUACCAUUUUGAAUAAAUGUGAAAUCUCUGUAAAUGCAAUACCAGAAGCUAUACUCGGUAAAAAUGCUAGAAAUGUAAGGCCAACAUUUUUUGUAUGUAUUUUUAAUCUUCUUCUUUCAAAUUGUAAAUACGAAUUUUAAAUGUUUUAGGUAGACAAAGUUAUUGCAGCCGUGAAGAGUCUUGUUUUAGAAGAAAUAAACGUUAUAAAAUGUCAGAGCGGUUGCAUUUCAAUGUAUCCAAAAUCAAUUAUGGAUUUGGUUUGCAGUGAGGCCUGCAGAUACGCAGUAAAAUUUGGUGACAAACUUUCCAAGAAUGACUGCACUGAAUUAUUGUUAUCCUUAUCUAAAUGCAAAACGCCGUUCCAAUGUGCACAUGGUAGACCCGUUAUAGCCGUGCUGACGAAUUUUGAAUAUACUAAAAAUGAAUACAAGAUAAAUAUUACAAAACUAACAGCUUUUAAGCGUAAUGUGGUAAAAGGUUUUAAGUGACUCAGCAGAAUACGUAUCGUUACAUAAAUAGUUACCUUGUUAUUUCUAGAAAUAGAUUCUAUAUUAUUAAAUAAAUAUGAAAUUUAA